AUGUUAAGAAUUUACAUAAAAGUCAACCUAAAUUAAAAGGGCAUUGAUGGACCUUAUAUUGGAAUGAGAGAUUUUUAAUUAUUACUUAGUAAAGAUGGAUGUCUGGAUAAAAAUUUGAUUCCUUUUGAAGGAUGCUUUUCGAAUAAUUAUGAUUGCAUAUAAGGUUGUGGAAAUUGUAUUAAAGGGAUCUGCUAAGAUUGUUUAAUUGGUUGGUAAUAUUAAGAACAAAUAAAAUCUUGUAUUCCUGAAUGCGGAGAUAAGAUCAUCAUUUACGAUGAAGAAUGUGAUGAUGGUAAUUAAUUAGCUAAUGAUGGAUGUCAUUAAUGUAAAUAUUCUUGCCCUUAAAUCUGUUGAGAAUGUUAAUUUGGAAAAUGUUUGAAUUGUAUACCUUAUAUCUACUCUUAGAUGUUUAAUGUCAACAUAUUCAGAAUAAUAUUGACAGAAGUUGCUUGAAUUUGUAUAUAGAAUAAGGAUAUUAAUAUAUAGUACCCUUUGAGAACCAAUUCUAAAGUAUUCAUGAUGAUAAUAAUAUUUUUUCCUUUUGUAAUUUUGAUUUGAAUCCUAAAAAGUUAUUGGAUAUUUAGAUUUUCAAUUAAAGUUUGUUGUUAAUAAUUGCAAAGUGGAAUAAUUUUUAGGAAUGCCAAGAGGGGUAUGUAUUAGAUUUUUUAAAAAUUUUGCAUUCCUAAAUGUUAGGAUGGGAUUUUAUGAUCAGAAGAAAUAUGUGAUGAUGAGAAUAGAAUUCAAUUUGAUGGUUACUAUAAAUGUUAGUAAAGCAGUUAAAUAGAAUGUUUAUUUUGCUCGCAUAAUAACUGUUUAAUGUGUUAGGAAGGUUGGUAGCUUUAGGAUUAUGAAUGUAAAUAGAUUUGUUGAGAUGGAUUACUGGCAAUUUUAUCGAAUGAAUAAUGUGAUGAUCCUGGAGAUUCUAAUUGUGCUGAUUGUAAAUAUUAAUGCGAUGAUAAUUGUUUGGUUUGUGACAAAUUUUAAAUUUGUGAAUAUUAUUUAUAAACUUUUAAGUUUAAGGAUGGGAAAUGUUAACCAAUUUGUGGAGACAAUAUUGUGA